AUGGCCAAACAAACCUUUUGUGUAGAGUCCCUCGCCCUUGUGCAAGGUCCGCCAGAACCUCCCCUCUGGGUAGUGAACCUGGAAAGCGUCCUCAACGAAAAAGCAGAACACUAUCAUGAAAAGCCUGCGAUUAUUUUUCCAUGGCAAAACCAGCAGCUUUCGUUUGCCCAGUUGCGCCAGCGUGGUCAACUCGUUGCUGCAUCGCUUCUUAGCGCCGGUGUACAGCAUGGUCACUGUGUGGGUAUCAUGGCCGGCAACCGCUACGAGUAUCUCGAAGUCUUUGUCGGGGGUGCACUUAUUGGUUGUAAGGUGUUGGUUCUCAAUAACACUUAUCGACCAUGGGAGCUUUGCCAUGCGCUCGAGAGGACCGGUAUGACCUUUAACCUCCGAAUCCAGCAAUAA